AGUCUGCGCUGGCAGUUUUACUCAGUGGGACGGAAAGUACUCUGAAGGAGGCGGAGGUUUACGACGUAGAGAAAUUAGUCAAAGUAUCGAAUGGGCUUAAGGAAGGAGUGACGGGGAAGGGGAUCUCGCCAUGUGGGGGAAGAAAAGCAAUUGAGUACAGCGGUGUACUGUGUUGGGGAGGGGAGGUGAUAGAAAACAGGGUUGUUUGCUCGUCGAGUUCUAGGUGGUGGUGGGGUUAAGCACACAGGCCCCGUCCCGCACUCUUCUGCCUUCGCGCACGCUCUUGAGCGAUCAGGGGUAUGUAGUCGGAGUGGGAGCUUUUGAAUCGGAGCGAGACGAAGAAUUGGUGCUGUCAUGGAGGCAAGCGAGGUGGGGAGCAGCGCGGCUGGCGCUAGCUUGUCCCAACAACAGCAGCAACUGCAGCAGGAUGAAGUGCGGUCACUUUCUUCGUCGCCCGUCGCCGGGCAGGCAAAUGACGCUGCUCGGCUUUUCCAAGCGCAGCGCUACACGGAGUGUCUAGCCAUAUUGCAACAGCUACUUCAGAAGAAAGAAGACGAUCCGAAGGUGCUGCACAACAUUGCGGUCGUUGAGUAUUAUCGAGAUGGGUGCACAGAUCCCCAAAAGCUACUCGAUGUCCUGGCCAAAGUCAAGGGCAGGAGUGAAGAGCUCGCAAGGGCUGCCGAAGAGCAGCUAGAAGGGCUGGGUACCCCAUCCGCAAGCAUUUCUGUUGCGGCACGGGCUAAUGCUUCAGCCUCUGCGACUGCUACGCAAGUACAGACACCCACUGCUACUGUUGUAGGGAUGGGAGGGGAUGGUGUAACUUACACAGAAGACUAUGAUACUUCUAUUCCCACGCUGAAUACUGCAGUUAUCUUGUACCAUUUGCAACAGUAUGCCGCAGCUUUGGCAGUUUUGGAACCUUUGUACUUGAACAUUGAACCAAUUGACGAGGCAGCCGCUUUACGGGUCUGCCUUUUGAUGCUGGAUAUCACACUCGAAUCAGGCCAACCUGGCAAAGCAGCUGCUGCCUUGCAAACCAUGGAGAAGACGUUCGGGUAUUCUCUCUCUCCAGCAGAAGGGGGAGCCUCUACUCAGUCACAGCCUUUGCCACAAACGCAAUUGUUGAAUACUGUCGGAACAGGUCUGAGCAUGAGCUAUAGCAACAGUGCCCUGUCUUCUGGGGCAUUGUCUUCUCUAGUGACGAGUCAAAUUGGAGAAUUGGGCUUGACUCGCACUUCUUCGGAAGAAGUUCUUGACGAAGAAGCGUUGAGUUUGAGUUUGGAUGUCGAGGCCUCACAAGGGAUUCGAUCGUCAUCUCCUGUCCCGAUGUCUAGCGGAAUAUCAGUGCCGAACGUGGAGAAAGUACUUCCUGCACCCGUUAUGGAUUUGAAGUUGAUGUUGCAUCUGUACAAAGUUCGGCUAUUAUUGCUUACGCGCAAUUUGAAGGCAACGAAAAGGGAGGUGAAAUUUGCGCUGAACUUGUCACGAGAUCACUUGACUGCUUUGCUCCUCAAGGCUCAGCUUGAGUACUCUAGAGCAAAUUAUAGAAAAGCUAUCAAGAUUUUGACUACCUGCAGCAGUCGAGUGGAGGCCGGUCGGACAGCUCUGUUCUUAUCUAACUUGGGCUGUAUCCAUCAUCAACUCGGAAAGGACCAGACAGCAGCGGUCUAUUUCCGAAAGGCCUUAGUGGCAAACGCAGCAACCAUAAAGGAGUCUCCAUUGAAGCUGAACACUUUUUCACAAGACAAGUCUCUUGCCAUUCUUUACAAUGCUGGCCUUCAGCAACUGAUUUGCGGGAAUCCUCUGUUGGCUGCUUGUUGCUUCCAAGAAGCCGCUUCCUUGUAUUACAAUCAACCGUUAUUGUGGCUUCGUCUCGCAGAGUGCUGUAUUUUAGCACUUGAGAAGGGUCUUCUGGAACCUAAUGUCGAGGGUGUCAUUGGCAAGAGAGAUGACAUAAAGGUUUCUGUCAUAGGAGAAGGAAAGUGGAGACGCGUAGUUUUGCCAGCGGGGAGUUUGACUCCAACAGCAAGUACGAAAGGGUUGCAGCUCGAGCCAGGCAGAUCCGAGGAGGAAGGAAAUUCGGAGCAAACGUCCCCAAAUGUAGAAAGGUCUUUAUUGCCAGGUAGACAGCACAAACUCUCGAUGCUCUACGCCAGGCAGUGCUUACAAAUGGCCCUUCAUCUUUUGGAUAAACGUGAUGCAAAAGCAGCCGAAAUCGCGGCUGCAGUAGCCGCAGAAGCUUCUGAGAUCAAAGAAGGGGAAGACACGACAAGCGCCCAGGGUCAAAAGAAUGGAAUAUGUGACAAGAAGGGUAAUGCGAACAAUGGUCCUAGUGGAACAGGUUCUCAAGUUAGUCCCAGUGGUGAUGGAAAGGAGAGCAAGGGAACGAGCGGAACGAGUGGCACAAUAACAGCAGCCAUUGCCGCAUAUGAAGAGGAGAAAAAGAAAGAGCAGAUAUUGAUCCGUCAGAGUGUUUUGACGGAUCUAGCGUACGUGGAGCUGUGCCUUCAGAACCCUCUUCAAGCUCUCAAAGCUACCACUACCCUACUCUCUCAACCAGACUGUUCUCAGAUGUGCACAUUCCUGGGGCGGAUGUAUGCGGCUGAGGCUUUGUGUCUGCUUGACCGGCCAAGAGAAGCCGCAGACCACCUUUCUGUUUGUCUAGUAGAAAGUUCAGGAGUUGACCAAAGUUCAGUCGGUGGUGAAGACGAUGGGCCGAAGUGGAAGAGUGGUGAUAACAGUGAGGCUAGCGGCGAUGGUGACGAUGCUGUGAGUAUCAGUCCAUAUGCUGUAGUGAGUGGAGCCUUACCCGAUUCAUUGAAUGUUUCUAAAAUGACCGGUUCUCGUGCGCGAGCAUCUUUGUACGUGAAUUUGGCAGCUGUUCAAGUGAUGCAGGGAGACCUGUCACAGGCCCAGCAGUGGGCGUCACAAGCUGUUGCACUUGCUCCUGCAAAUCCGUUAGCUAUCUUAGCUGUAGUAUAUGUAGAACUCCUGAGAGGCCAGAGAGAGGAGGCGCUGAGCAUGUUGAAACAUUGCCGCCAUCUAUGUGUAGUCAGUCCGAAUAAAGUGCUUUGGCAGAGGGAUUAAGCGAGUAUGUUUUAACUUGCUUUCAUAGUGCACUUGUAAAGAGAACACUUUGAAUCAGAAGUCUCUUAGGUUGUAACAUAGAUGAAAGAAAAGUCAGUAGAGGUGAAAAGAAUAAGAGUUACCCUUUUCUAGAUGGUUCCUGACAAGUCAGUGCCAUUGUAUUUUGAGGUUAGUUCACAGCAGUCUUCAUGUAGGCUGAGUUGGGGUAGUCAAUUCACGAUGUCAGGAAACUUUCAAAAGUCAAAGAUAUUUUUUUGUCUGGUUAGGCACAUUGAAGAACAAAGUAUCAAUUCGCUGGAUGACUCGAGAAUGUCGGACACUUUUACGAAUCUGCUCUUAUCUUUGAAUCGUAUUUAGAUUUGUG